AUGAUAUUUAUUGUACUUUUUAUUUACAGAUGUAAGUUAAAAUGUAUGGAGACUAUCUCAGAAGAUAAUAUCCAAAGUAGUAUCCAUUUUAUUAACAAUUUUGAUAGUAAAAAUGCCCAAUACACAUACUUGCAGGCGUUGAUUGAAAAGCAGGAAAUACAUAGAAAACGUCCCAGAUCUGAAGUACCUAAGAAUAGACAAUUUACUUUCAAAUAUCACAUUAAGAUAGAAGGUGCUAAAUUAAAAGUGUGCAAAAAAGCAUUUUCCAGCAUCCAUGGAAUUUCUGAGAAACAAGUUAGACGUUUAUGUAUUUUAUUAAAAAUAAACGAGCAACCUAUAGAUCAUAGAGGAAAAUCACAGGGAUCACGGAGCAAUGCAAUAUCUGGUGAUACAUUAUCUAAAAUCCGGGAACAUAUUGAGUCAUUUCCUGUCAAAUGUGUGCACUACUAUAAUAAAGAUGCGUCAGCCUAUUACUUAGAUGAAAAACUCAUUUUGAAAACUAUGCAUGUAUUUUACAAACAAAAAUAUCCAGAUCAUCCAGUUAAAUAUAAAUUUUACUUAAAAUAUAUGCAGGAAAACUUUAGCUUAUCAUUUGGUAGAAAGAAAAUUCAUGUCUGUGCACUGUGUGGAGAGUUAAAGAUUAAACUAAAAAAAAACUAA